AUGGCUCUGCAAGAAACUGUCGCUGUUGGACUCCCGGAAUCGUUUACUGGAGAGCAGGUUAGUAACAAAGCAGACGACCCCCCGCAUGCCGCUCUGCACGAUGAUGUCCACGACGAGGACAAAUUACGCGACCGAGAUAUCCAUGACCAUGCGAACCAGAACAACAACGAUCGCGCUAUGGGAGACUAUGUCGACCCGAAUAAGCCACAGAUCGAGACUCCAAACAACACGGUGAUUGUUCCUAGAGAUUCUCCGCCUGCUUGGCCCCUUAUUGAAUAUCCUGCUCAGGCAGUUAUUCUCAAAGAAAUCACAGAUGCCUUGGGAUCGUUCCAAAUGGCUUGUACUGAACUUGGACUAUCUCGAGAGGAAGUCAACGACUUCACGGUGCGACAUGGACAAGAACCGCACAGCCUCAUCUACAUCAUUUCGCAGAAGUGUAUUGCUUACGGGGUUGCGUUUCUUAAGUACCGUGGACUAGACGAAUAUGUAGAGGACGUAUCUCGAUGGGACGGCUGCUUCGUUGACCGAGACCAAGAUUGGCCUCUAUACAUCGACUUUGACGCAAUUGAUCCGGCACUUCUCGCAGCUGUAUCGCAGCCAUCCGUAUACCUUCAACCAUCUACUGGAGUUCAGUCGUCAUUCAUCAGCAUGCCUUGCGAGUCACCGUUUGGGCCGAACUCUAUCACGAUUUCCUUCAAGCUAUCUAAGUCGAAAUCAAUCCCCAGCGGUCGUUAUGAACCGUCAAACUUUCGGAUUGACUAUUUCAGAGUACCCCCCGGGGUUAUCGUGUUGGGUCCCGUAGGCCAAAAGCAGUUGUUCAAAGGUGGCCAAUACACCAUUCUGUAUCCUGCAGAUCACCCACCGGUCCACGAUGCACGUCAAUACAUGAUAUGUAAAAACGUGCCCGAGCAUCCAGGGCUAGACCGUCUGUUUCGCGGAGAUCCAUUGAAUUCGGAGGAAGGCCAAGAUCACAGAGACUCCGCUUCGGACUGUGAAACAAGAAUCGAGGAGGUCAAGGAAGAGAUAUUGGUGUCAGAUGACGGAUCUGAGUACUUACCACCAUCCGGGGAGCCUUCUGACGACAUCUUUGACUUCAACGCCGCUUCUGGCGAACCGUCAUAUGCACAAGAGGAAGAUGGGUCUGCAAUUGAGGAAGACCCGAAGAGUGAUGAGCAACUACUGCCGCCCUCUCCAAGACGGAUCCCUUCGCCCGAGUGUCCCAUUUUCAAUGGAAUCGAGGAUUCUAAGAAUCCGGACCACAUUGAAAGAUUGGACGACCCGACACGUGGUGUUGUUUUUCAUCAUAUGAAUCCUUGGGACAACGAAGAUCCCUCGGAGCAUCAUGGACGAGGCCAAUUCGAAUUUUUGCAUGAUCCUAAGCCAACCACUCCGUAUCUACCAGAAUUCGAUGUCCCUAAAUUCGCUCACGAGCCCGAAGAGUCAACGAUCACAGGAGGCGAGUGCCUGCUUCAACUUCGUCUCCCUAGAGGAUACUUCCUGAAGGACCCCAAUGGGUAUUUCAUGAACUUGGAUACCUACCAAACGAGCGCCGAGCAUGGUGUCAGCCCCCCAGGGCAUGGAGGAGAGUAUAUAAUUAUACGCCCUGAUUGUGAUCUUGAACCCGUGAAGUUGGACGAUUCGGAAUUGUUCCGAGCAUCGUUUGGUGAACCAAUGGGCUUCUUCCGGGACGGUAUCAUGUCUUGCCAACUACUGCAACCGGGCCUGAAUAACUUCAUGAUUGUAUCGUAUUGGGACAAGGGCAAGUUGCUGGUAUGCUGCAGACAUGGUGUCUACGAUUUAAAGACACCACUGAGGGUCCCUAAAGAACUUGAUGCCAAGACUGGUGUGAAGCGCAAGUUUAGUUCUGUCUCAGAUCAAUCUACUUCCGAUGACGAGAAACCAUCUAAAAAGGCAAGAGUGAUGGACUCGGAUACUGAAGGUCAGCUUAACCAUCAAAUCUACACUGAAUGCGGAACUGGUACUGACACUUUAGUGAUAUCUCAAGUGGAGUCAGAGCCUCCAAUCAAGAACUUCAACUACCAGAGCUCUUUCAAGGUCUGCCUCAAGAUUCGACCCAAGCUCCUAUUAAAGAUCCGACCCAGGAAAAAGACCCUUUCCACAGGCCGAGCUCGCUGUCACUCAGUCUGAAGAGAUGCCUUCCCCGAAUACCUAUCGUCGACACA